AGUAAAAAAAGAGUUGGUAGAGAGGAGAAAAAAAAACUUUGUAAGAAAAUCUUGAUGUAUUUAAUAAGUACUAGUAUCGCGACUUGUAUACAUCAAUAAUCUGUGUGAGACAAUUCCAAUAUAAUAAGAUGAGAUACGAGAAGAUGGUGUGUAAUUAUGAACCCUAAUCACAACACUAAUAACCCAAGCCAAUGAUCUAUAUCAACCUCUCAUAAAACCUAAGCACAACACUAAAAACCUAUGUUAAUGAUCUAUAUGAACCUCUCAUCAAACCUAAGCACAACACUAAAAACCUAUCACAAGCUUGCACCACUCCUAACCUAUGGUUUGCAGGCUAUCUUGUUCCCUCAUUUGAUUAGACUUGUAUACACCUAUGUUAAUGAUCAUUCUCAAUAGUUUCUUCCACUAUAUCCCGUCCGUACAGUCAAAUCAUCAAGCCAAAAGAAAGAUAUCUCCAUUACCAACAGCAAAUCUCAACCCAUGCUCCACUCCUACUGAAGCGCUCUUACAAGCUUCAACACGAAAUAAGGACUACUGCUUCUGUUUCGGUUCAAACUUCAAACGACUUGCUGUUAACUUAUUGUCCAACGAUGCUUCCCGCAGCUUUACUCGUCGACACUUCCCAGCUUCCUCUCCCGCUAUAAAAAGUAAUGGCCGCUUCCUCUCCCUUUACAACACUCAGCACUGCGCUUUCUUCUUGUUGUUCUUCUCCUGCAUCCGAUCGCUCACCCUCGCUUUCUGGUAUCUCCUUGGCUUUCCAUUUCCAUAAUCAUUCCCCUUUUCUCUCCUCCAGCGCGCGCUUCUCCCCCGUCAGCCGGCCUACAGUUUCAACCAACGUCAGGUGUUUGUCAAACUCGGUGAAUCCACCAGUUGCGAUGGAGCAAGUGGUUGCUGCGAUGGAACAGGUCAAGCUGCUCACUUCAGUUAAUGAUCAACACGGAGGAGUCAUAGUGGAGCUGUCUGAACCCAUUCACCCAGGGCUCUUUGCUUCAAUGCUCAGACUUUCGAUUAGCGAAUGGAGAAAGCUGGGUAAGAAGGGGGUAUGGAUCAAACUUCCAAUUGAACUUUGCAGUCUUGUUGAAAUUGCAGUAAAGGAAGGAUUCUGGUACCAUCAUGCAGAGCCAACAUACUUGAUGCUUGUCAGUUGGCUUCCUGGAGGUGUUCACCCUCUUCCACCAAAUGCCAGCCAUAGAGUCAGCGUAGGUGCAUUUGUGAUGAAUGAGAAUAGAGAGGUGCUAGUAGUCCAAGAGAACAGUGGAGUAUUUCGAGGAACUGGAAUCUGGAAGUUCCCUACUGGCGUUGUUGAAGAGGGAGAGGACCUCUGCACAGCUGUUGUAAGGGAAGUCAAAGAGGAAACAGCUAUCGACGCAGAAUUCAUGGAGAUUUUGGCUUUCAGGCAAUCUCACAAGGCAUACUUCGAGAAGUCGGAUUUGUUCUUCCUGUGUAUGCUGCGGCCCAUCUCUGUUGACGUCCAGAGGCAGGAAGCAGAGAUAGAGGCAGCAAAGUGGAUGCCCUGGGACGAAUAUGUGGCUCAGCCAUUCGUACAAAGUACUGGAUUUGUGAAGCACAUCAGUGACAUAUGUUUGGCAAAGGUUGACGGGGACUACACUGGGUUCUCCGCGAUCCCCACUUCUUCUUCUGGUGGUCAAAUGGGCUGUGUGUACCAGAAUGCACAAGGCUUGAGAAGGUAGUACUGAGGAGUCCUUUGAGAAGGAAGAAAGAUGUCAAACUUUAGUGGUUCUACUUUAUAGAAGAUGCAGUAUUGCUUGUUGAUUGAGAGUUAUUCAUUUCGCAAUAAGUUAAUUUCAUUCUAGUUUGAAGCAGGCAGAGGGGAGAGGAUUAUGUCAUUAUAGUUUUCACUUUUCAGGAUCAUUGCAGGUUAGGGAAGGAAGAUGGAAAAGAAAAUUUGCAUUUUAGUUUGUAAGGUUGCUGGCUAUUGAUGGAUAGAUUCCGUUUAAAAUGAAAAAAAAUGGCCCAUACAAGUCUCGAACCUGUGACCUUCGCGUUAUUAGCACGACGCUCUAACCAGCUGAGCUAAUAGGCCAAUUGUUAAUAAAGAUAUAACUGAGUA